ACAAAAAUGGAGUUUGAAUUAAUGGUAGUCAGUCUCCUGAACUGGUUCCGUUUUGUGUUGCUGCAACAAAAAGAACUUACACAAUGCGUGAUCGUUCAAGACAAGAUGUACAUUUCUACACCUCCAAUUCCUACUUUUUUGGCAAAAAACAACACAAUAGAGUGUCAAGCAAACAGAGCAGUGGUAGGAAUGCUGAGAUGUGGCAAAUCGGAAGUGUACAUAAAACAGGAAUGUGUUUGUUCCUUCCACAACGUGUAUGAAGCCACUAAAUACCACAGUUACUCCUCUUGUCCACACGGCGAGAAAUCAGACGUUGUGACGAAAUUAAAAUGUCCGGAUUGUAAAAUACACAGUUUGAAUAACAAAGGACCAUGUAUCAACGGAGGCAAUCUGACUUGCAAUGGGGAUGAAGUAGCUCCAGCUAUCAAAUGUACAUGCCCACCGCACUACAAGGGAAAUUUUUGCGAGGAUAAAAUGGAAAAUAUCACGAGACUUUGUGAUAUAAUCUCAAACGCUUCGGCUGACACUUUGAAGAAUUGUAAUGUCACAAAAGAAGACUGUGUCACAUACAGCAGGAACAGGCGUUAUGCUUUCAAGUGUUACAAAACCGAGACAUCUCAGGAAAGAGGAGGAUUGCCAUUGUGCGAAGACACAGAGGAUAUCACGGUGCCUCCUGUUGUCACUGAUGUCCCUUACUCGAUUGUCCCUACAGAUGCAAAGUCGGUUCGGGUGAAAUCACGUAAUGUAAUGUCUGUGGCAGAAAUACAUUCAUCUAUACCCGUGCUGACCGUGAUUUCACUAACGUUACAAUUGUGAGAUCUUUUUAUUAAGAUGGAUGUCAUGCUGGCCAUUAUUAUUACUUUACUUCAAAAAUCACCGCCGUACAAAUUAUUGGGUGUUUGUUUUUUUUUGAAACGACUCAUUUUUCUUUUUUUUUUAAAUAUUGUAAUCGCUCAAAGAAAAUAUGAGAUAUGUAUAAUGAUGGAUGCACUGAACAUCAAUUUUUUUUUCAUCAUACAUAUUAUGUUAUUUUGUUAAAUAUCAUCUGUAUUGAUCGAAUGCUUGCAUCUCUAAAUAACACUUUACAAAUAUUGGUUAAACGUGUAGGUCUUGUUGAUGUUUUGGUUUUUUAAAGCAAGCUAGUACUACUUGUUACAAUGUACAUGUAUAGCAUUCGAGUCUAUCCACAUCCAUAUGCAAGUAUAUUUUUAUGUCUAGGAAAUAUCGUACAAAUGGCAAAAUACAAUAUGGGGUAUUGUAAUAUUUGAAGCCAGUGUCAAUGUGUUAAGAGUUCUUGUUUUUCAAAAUUUCAAAGUUUUGUUCCAAUUCAUUAAGUUCAUUCACAACUCUUUAUAAUGUUCAUUCACAACUUAUGUAUGCGAUAAUUUGUUAUUGUUGUAUAUACUUAAAGCAUCGGUUCUUGGUCAUAAUAAUACAUCUAAGUUGAUAACAUGAAAUCAUCACUCUCAAUAUUUUUUUUACUUAAUUUUUCUCUUGUUUUUUAUUAUUUAAUCCCAUUAAUAUCACCCCUUCAUUAAGGCACUUACUAUUGAUAUCAAUGCAUUGUCCUAAAUGGAUUAUUUGUUUUUCUUUUUAUACUUAUUCAGAUUUUUUUUUACCAAUUUGAGACUGGGGGCUUGGGCCCUUUCAAUUGGGAAAACAGCCUUAGAACAGGAUAGUUGGGAAAAUUCGUAAGUUUUCAGCCUCGGCAUCGCAUCUGUCGAUUCUUCGUUUACUUUCCGGAAGAAAGAUGAUAUUUUUGGUUUGAUUCUAGUGGGAUUUUUUGAUUAAGAUUUUUGUACAUAAUACUUGCUAGUGGGAUUUUUUUGGUUAAGAUUUUUGUACAUAAUACUUGCUGUUAUGAGAUAUGAUGAUUGCAGACUAACUACUACUAUUGGUAGUAGUUAAACACGAGGUAUUUAUUACCGGAACAUGCUACAAGACGUACGUAAAUUUUUGACAAAUGGUACAAAUAUUUUUUCUAAUUAGAAUUGGAAAUUUUGGGUCCGAAGUUGGGUAAAUAUCAGGAAAUUUCCGAUUGGGACUAAAGAUACAUAUUCAAUGAUACACAGAAAUGUUUAUAACCAUAUACUAGAAGAAACAUUUAUUAUGAAUAAACCUCCAUAAAAAGUAGUCAUUGUAUCCAACCCUCUGAUAAAUCUUAACAAUAAUCCUUAGCUGUUAACAAAGCAGGGUGGUUAAGGCCAUUUUACACUAAAUUUUAUCUCCUUAAGAAAAAAGGGCUAUGUAUAAAGGUAUAGGAAAACAUUCACAUUAUAAAGGAAAAGUAUAAGAAUGUGUUUUACUAAGUAGUUUAUAGCUGAACAAAUCAUGAUCAGUCAAAAUUUUAAGGUAGAUCUGAUGGUUAAUUGGUUGACCACCCAGCCUCCUUAAGGUAGAUCUGAUGGUUAAUUGGUUGACCACCCAGCCUCCUUAAGGUAGAUCUAAUGGUUAGUUUGUUGACCAUCUAGCUUUCUUCAUGUAGAUCUGAUGGUUAGUUUGUUGACCACACAGUCUACUUAAGGUAGAUCUGAUGGAUAAUUUGUUGAAUACCCAGCCUACUCAAAUUAGAUCUUUUAAUGGGUAAUUUUGUUUUGUGCUUUAAAAAUAAGCGAAAUAAUAAUGUUAAACCAGAUUGCAAGGUCGUAUAGAGCAGUACCAGUCAGUCUUUUUCAGAAUACAUGAUCACAUUUUACAUUGUGAAAAAAACAACAUCAGAUUUGUGACUUAUCCGGUUCUAAA